UGUGCUGCUCACGCCUCUCCUCUGGCGCCUCUCUGUCUGUGUUUAUGUGAGCAGCUGCAUUUUUCUUCUUUUAAGUCUUUCACUCUGUGUGGGGCUGUUUCUUUCUACCUGUGGUGCUUCAGCGGAGUGGCGAGUGGAGGAGGGUUCGUCCUCGGCUGGUGGAGCUCUGAUGGGAGGCAGUGCUGGCUCUGGCUGGGACUGGGGAUGCUGAACGGGGGGAGGGAGGGCCUGUUUGAGCUGGGACAGCAGCUCCAGCAGCAGGGGGAGUACCAGGCCGCCCUCCACUGCUUUCUCAGCUGCCUGUUGGGACUGACCCAUGUGCAGAGCUUCACCUCUCUGCCCAACUGCUUACACCAGAUCGCAGAACUCUUCAUCACUGAAAAGAAUUAUGGCAAGGCCCUCCAGUUCAUCCAGGCUGAGAAAAUGUUCUAUGAGGUGGCAUUGAUCGAGCUCACGGCUCUUCAGGGGAGCACAGGCAAGUACUUUUGA